AUGGCGCCGGGUACUCGACGCGCGAACCGCAGCGGGUACACCGAACACGAUGACUUUGAGGGCCUUCCCGUGCGCCAAUGGCGUCACGAGUGGGUGAAUAUCGAGCCGCCCGCGCCCGCCGAGACGACGCAAAAGAACGACAUCUGGGACGUCGAGCUCCCAUGGGGCAUGCCCAAAGACGCAGGCCUUCUGCCCCAACACAGCCAGGACUUGCUGCGUGCGGCGAGAUCAGGGGUUCUUUAUAAGAGACCCGCGCCCACGGAGGAUGAAGAGGCCGACGCCGACGCCGUGGCAGAGAAGCCGGACAAGAAGGAGGACGAUGCCGACCCCAAGGGUUUUCAGGUCAAGCUGUGGAAGCAGAUCAACCGCAACUCGGAGGGCUCCCCCGUCUCGCACCUCGCAAAGCGCCGGAAGGGCACGGUCACAAUAUCAUCCAAGACGGUCAGUAGCUUUACGCCCGGCGCGACGGUGACCAAGGCAACCGUACGGAGGGUGGACGCCGCUGGCAACCCGUACACGCAGGAGAUCACGCUGCAGGAGGGUCAGGCGGUUGAGGGCGAAAUCAUCUCGACGACCAUCGUACCGGCCGCGGCUGUCGACCCCGCGCAAGCACCGCCCCAGCGCGUGCGACGGCCGCCGCCCCCCAAGAAGAAGAAUAAGCCCGGUCCGGGCCGCGGGCGCAAGAAGAAGGUCCUGCCUUUGCCUGCGCCGGCACCGGGCGCACCGGGCGCACCGGGCGCGGUGCCCCCAGCAGAAGGCGUUCCCGUGGCACCCAAGGUUGAAGGGGCCGAAGGAACAGACACACCUGUCAAGCAAGAGCGUGAGGACUCCAACAACCCCGACAGCGAGAUGGCCGACAACGACGACGAUGAGGGUGAUGACGACGGCGACGAGGGCGACGACGAUGGGGACGAGGAACAGCGUGAUGGCGAGAACACUGACAGCCAAGACCAGGAGAUGGCUGACGCAUCUCCUUCCGUGCCCACGCCGGCACUCGACGCCUCGACCGAACUGACCGACCCCGAAUCCCCCGUGCCGAAGCGGGCCGCGCCACCUGUAAACCCUGUUAAUCUCGUUCCUCCUCCGGCCAUGCAUCUGGCAAACUCGUCGCCCAAAGGCAGCCCUCUCAAAAACGUCGUUCUGCCGUCCCCGACAGAGCCAUCCCCGCAAUUCUCCCUUGUUGCGGAAGCCUUGGCUCCCAAGGUUGAGUCGAAGGAUGAGUCGAAGGCUGAGCCGCGGAGUGGGCCGCAGAGUGAGCCGCAGGAUGAGCCGCAGGGAGAGCCUCAGGGCGAGCCUCAGUCGAUAGAUGUGCCCAUGACAGAUGGACCAGAAUCUCCUUCGCAAGCACCCACCGAACCGUUCAACGCGAAUGUUGACCAGCUCUCCACUAUCGACACCACGACGGAAGCUGCCCAAGAUGCGUCGGCGUCUCUCCCUCCCGCCGAAAAGGUCGGGGACAUCGUUUCGCCUAUGGCGGAGACCAGGUCCACCUUCUCGCUGGCAACAACGGCCGAGACGGAGGUUUCGGGUACCAGACUAGAAAGUGGAGACCAGACGAUGGCUUCGAAUGAGGCGCCACCGGAUGCUAUGGUGCUGGAUAUCCCUGAUGCACCUGAAGCAUCUCAGGCCCCUGACGUUCCUGAGGUUCCGGAAGUCCUCUCGACCUCAGAAGCAGCGCCUGCCGAGGAACUAUUGGCUCCUGUCGUUGAAGAUGUCACGGAAAAGAAGGAAACGAGCCCUCCGCUCCCGACAACGAGCAUUGAAGAGCCUCCGGCGCCCGAGGCGGAAUCCGGCGCUCCGGUAGUCGAGGAGAUGCCGCUCGCGCCACCUGUGACGGAGCAGCCUGCAGAGGUAGUCCAGUCCCCUGCGAAGUCUCCGGCCAAGUCGCCUGUAGCCAUCUUGGAACCGCCGGCUCCUGUUGAGCCCCCUGUGGUGGAGCCUGCCGAUUUUGCGCCCGAGAUUCCAGUGGAUGUGCCUGUCGAGGCACAAGUUGAUGUGCCCAUGGAGUCGCCGGCGGCACCCAUCGAUGCACCUGUCGAGGCAUCCGUCGAGGCACCCGUUGAAGCACCCAUCGAGACACCCAUUGAAGCACCCAUCGAGACACCCAUCGAAGCACCUGUCGAGGCGCCGAUUGACGUUACUGUCGAAACUUCGGCCGAACCCAUCGUUGCCGAGUCUGAAGCAAACCGGCCGCCGCCUGUCGAAGUCCCUGUGGUGCCCGAGGACGACGGCCCGGACCUGCUCGCCGGCUUGGAGACGGAGCUGGAUCGCCAAGCCGAGAUAAGCAAGUCCCCGCUUCCCGAGCCUCCCGCCGCUCCGCAUCCGGAACCAGCAGAACUGCCUGAGAUCGCGAAUCCUGUGCCGUUGCCGGAAGUCCCGCCGAUCGAGUCGGAGGAGCCGAAGCAGGAGAAAAUCGAUGAGCGGAACGAGGAGCAAAACGGGGAGCAGAAGGCGACACCUGAACCCGCUACGGCUGCCGAGCAUCCCGAACCGGUUUCUGCCUCCGCGGCUCUCGAGGCAGUAGACCCGACGCCGCCGCCGGCUGCCGAGGCUCCCCCAAACACGGAAACGGCGCCCAAGGACGAGGAGGAGGAAAGGAGCGCGGGAACAGCGACCGAUGCACCCGCGCCCGCGGCUGACGCCUAG